UGACGAUGAGACAAUUCGGCCCGUGGGAACUCAAUGUUCGACCCAGGGGACCUUUCGGUAAAAUAUUUACCUGACUGGCAUCACAAUCUCUGUUCCAAAUACACACCGACAACUCAUCAAAAAUCUUAAAGAAAAGAAGAUGCCAUUUGUAUCUACCCGACAGACACCUCGCCGCAGGCUUAAUACCCUGUGGGAGAAGGUGGUCCUGGAAAAAGACGUUGACCUGCAGGAGGAUGAGGUAACCGAAGCCACCCUUGAAAAAUAUCAAAUCGUACGUAUCAACUGCGAUUUUGAAAAAUUCGACAGUACUAAUGUGAGUCUGGAACCACCUGUUCUUUUCCGGCCACUUAGCCUCGAAAAGCUUCGAAGCCACCCAGUGGACCUACAAGAACACGAGGUGGACUUUCGAGACUAUAACCCUCCAACAGAUCCUGAAGAGCUACGUCGUGGAUAUUGGGAUCCUGUCGAUUGUGCAGGGGAAAUCUCCCGAUAUCUCAAGGCUCUGGUCUUUGGCUUUCCAGUGAUUGGUGAGCCCGAUUUACCCAGCCUCGCAGAAUUCCACGGAAUGAGUCCAGUCCAUUACCCGAACCCUCUUCUAUUGGAAGACGGAGGAACAGAUGGGCGGAGAUGGAGAAGUAAACUGAUAUUAGAAUAUGGGAAGGAGGAUGAUAAGCCUGUUUACCCUCAUGUUUUCCUUAUGACGCUGCAUUUUGGCAAUGGCAAGGAUGAUUCUAUGAAAUUCGGAGAGCUGUCAGCGAUCAUCACAAUGAUGCGAUGUCGUGCAAAUCAGCCCAAGGUCGACGAAGAUGACCAAGAACUGGAGCCACGACAGCUCGAAUUCGAAAAAGAGAAGAGAUUUCCUGUCCUGAUGGUUUCUGUCAUGGGCCCUCAGCAUGGCCGGAUGUUCUACGCUUGCAUGGAUGGCGGAACCUUGGUGAUUAGACAAUCUCGUCUCUUCAGUUUUGAAAGGAAGGACACUGCACCGUGGGAAGUAUUCCAGCGUGUGAUUGUGAGUUGUCCAUUGAUGGAAGCUUAGUUCUUCCUCCCAGGCCGCAUAAAGGCGGGUUCCUCAUAUUUCCCAGGCCGUAUGAAGGCGGGUUAUCAAUCUUUCCCAGGCCGUAUGAAGGCGGGUUAUCAAUCUUUCCCAGGCCGUAUAAAGGCGGGACAUAUGAUGCAGAGUUUCCAUGAAAUAGA